UUACGGCAACAGCGUGAUGACGUAGAAGUCUCUCUGUGAGCCGCAUGCACGUGUGUAGUAUGCGUUCCACAGAAGCCAGGCUGUCAGCAUGGGGAAGCUCAAUGUACUUUUGUUGCGAUAUUUGUCAAGAGAAGAUUUUCGUGUCUUAACUGCGGUUGAAAUGGGUAUGAAGAACCAUGAGAUAGUUCCAGCAAGUUUAAUAGCCUCCAUAGCAAGCCUGAAACAUGGAGGAUGCAAUAAAAUUUUACGUGAACUGGUGAAGCACAAACUCAUUGCAUACGAGCGGACCAAAACCGUACAGGGUUACCGAUUAAUUUAUGGUGGCUACGACUAUUUGGCAUUAAAGACCUUGUCUUCUCGUGAAGUUGUGACUUCGGUUGGAAACCAGAUGGGCGUUGGCAAAGAGUCAGAUAUUUAUAUUGUCGCGAAUGAAGAUGAGAACCAACUGGCACUAAAACUGCAUCGACUGGGAAGAACAUCUUUUCGUAACCUUAAAAACAAGCGCGAUUAUCACAAGCACAGACACAAGAUGUCUUGGCUUUACUUGUCCCGUUUGGCUGCAAUGAAAGAAUUUGCAUAUAUGAAGGCAUUGUAUGAUAGAGGAUUCCCUGUCCCCAAGCCACAUGACUACAACAGGCAUGCAGUUGUUAUGGAACUAAUUAAUGGCUAUCCAUUAUGCCAAGUCCGACACAUUGAAGAUCCAGCUUCUUUGUACAGUGAAUUAAUGGAUCUCAUUGUCAAACUUGCCAAUCACGGUUUGAUCCAUGGGGACUUCAAUGAGUUUAAUUUGAUGCUAGAUGAAGAGGAUCAUGUAACAAUGAUAGAUUUCCCACAAAUGGUGUCCACAUCACAUGCAAAUGCUGAGUGGUAUUUCAACAGGGAUGUUAAAUGUAUCAGAGAUUUCUUUCUGAAGCGGUUUAACUAUGAGAGUGAACUAUACCCCACCUUUAAGGAUAUCCAGAAGGAAUGUUCUCUGGAUGUGGAAAUUGCAGUUAGUGGCUACACUAAAGAGAUGCAAGAAGAUGAUGAGCUUCUACAGCCAACAGGACCCAGUGAUGAUGAUGAUGAUGAUGAUGAUGAUGAUGAUGAUGGUGAAACAUCCUGCAAGCAGCCAACUGAGGAGGAAGGAGAGAAAGCUAAGAGUGUCAGUAGUGCAACAGGCACUUUAGAUGCUCCAUCCAGCCUGUCUUGGGAAGACUCUGUGAAAGAUACAGCAGAUGAGAGUGGGAGUCUUCAAAGCUUAGACAUGGCAGAAUUUACUAAAGCAUUGGCAGAGCUUGAAGGGCAUCCAGAGAGAGGUGACAAAUGUCAGAAAGAUGGGGAUGAUCAACUUGGAGACCAAGACUCUGAUGAAUGCCAAGAUGAAUGCCCUGAGCUUGUUAACCUGUCUGAAUCUAAUAAAGAAUAUAAACCAUUCAGAGAUGAAGAAAGUCUGGCUCAUGUAAAUGAGCACAGAACAAGAACUACAAGCGUGACUUCUGUAGGCACCGUCGGUAGCUGCUCUACAAUUCCACCGGAAAUGAUAAAACAGAAGGUGAAGCGACAGUUAACGAAGCAGCAGAAGGCCUCUAUUCGAAGACGGCUUCAAAAAGGAGAAGCAAAUGUGAAUACGAAACAGCGCAGGGACAAUAUGUACAACAUUAAAUGGAGUGUAGAUGCUGCAAGUUUUUGGGGAUAACUGCAGGAAAGUCAACACUUUGCAUGUGUGCAGUGAUGCUGUGCAAUAAAAUAUUUUAUGGUAUAGUUUCUUAUAUGCUUUCAUAUGUUUAUAUAAGGUCAUAGGUUUCCAGUGAUAUUUAUAUAUGCAGAUGUAACCAUUUCUACAUUAGUACCUUAGUAAUAGUUUAUCACACUAAACACAUAAAAGUCCUUUAUUACUUCUUUUGUAAAUGUUUUAAGAAAAUACAAGAAUGUAUAUUCCUAUGUCUGCUGCAGGCUUUCACUUCUUUUAAAGGCACAGUAUACAGCUGAAUAAAUAGGGCUUGUGCUGUACAUAAUUUUGCCUGUUUUAAUUUAGAAAUAUCUGUUUUUUGUUAUCUCUAGCACUAAACAAGAAUAUGAAUCCAGUUUCUCUUUAGUACUUCCUGUCACUUCUGGACUCAAAUAAUAUCAAAGCAACUGAUAAAUUUAAUUACCAAUCCAUGGAGAAACCCCUGAUAAUAAAGUGCUCAAAGGCAGCUGCCUUAUGCACAAAUAAGCAAAUGAAAUGUGUUUCUGUUUUAGGUAAUUUGUAGAGCUGUAAAUGCAAUAAUAUCUAUAUUUAUAUUAUUAGCAUUGAUAGCAUCAAUAGUUUGCCUGUGACACUUUCCAAGACAAUUGAACCCGCUGCCUUGUAGUUGUUCCUGCUUAUUACCUGUUAGGGGCCAAGGACAGUACCAGUGAAUAUUUUUUUCAGCCACCAAAGUUGUGGCUUAACUCUGAAGAUUGUGUGCAUAAAUAUUCACCAUUUGCGAAUAUGCCAUAAUUAAAAAUCGUUUAAUGAUAUUUGCAUAAGGAAGAAAAAUGUGCAAUUGUGUUUGCACAUUAAAUUCACCAGUCUUGUCCAGCUUUAUACAUCUAAACACAGGCAGGGCAAAUAUGAUUACUGUGCCAAUAAUUCUGCGCUGUACGAAUUUUAUAAAUGACCCCCGGCGAGAAGUCAAAGUGUCCCUUACACAAAGCCGAACGGACAGAAGAAUUUUGCUUUCUUUUUAUUCUCAAGCAUUUUUACCAUUAUAAACAAAACAAACUCCCAUAGAUUUUUUUU